AUGUCGCAGGCUGCGACUGCUGCGCCCGUCCCACCUCCGCCAGAGGAGCCGUUGACGUACCCCAUCACGUUCUCAAGGCUAGCGGAGGAAGACUCCCAGUCGCAGCCUCGGACCGCCGCGGCAACGUCCUCGCCCAGCCUUCGGCAAAUAUCGAUCUUCAGUGCGCUGCAUUGGCUGCUGCCAAUCUAUGAGCUCGCCGAGUGGCUCCCGAAGACGGCUGAGCAGCACACCAGAAAGAGUGAGGAGGAUAAGAGCAGCUCCGCCGCAGUCAUAAACAAUGGCAACAGGAGCGCUGCUGCGGACUUCUCUGUCCACUUCGACACCAUCCCGCAUGAUGACGUCCGCUCAGCCCUGAGGCUACUCCCAGUCUUUGAGAAAUUUUUCGUUGAGGGCCGAAAAGUCAUUCCGCAGCACACGGACCUGUGCUACUUCAUCGAGUCCUUUACCCUGCCAACGCCGAAGGGACCCAAAGUCAUCACCCGCUCCAAGGUGGAGGGUGACCAUCGCGCCAUCCACCAACCCUCCCACACGUCGUCGACUCCUGGCGCUGCAGGGGCCAUGACGAAGACGACCGUCACCAACAGCACGGCGUACUUCUCCCUUCUGCCCGGCCAUAACCAUUUUCUUCUCUACUACGAGGAGCGCGAGAAGCUGCAGCACUUUACGUACCUGCAGCUCGACCAGCUACGAUUCGCGUGGGUGGCUGUCAAGGAGCUACUCGAAGAGAGCAAGGUGAUAAACCUCAACGACGGAAGCCUCACAGGGUUUGCGAAGCGAGAUCUCCGGAAAAACAACACCGCAUCGCCGUUCUGCCUUCUCCCAUCCACCCAAGCAGCCGCAGCAGCGGAGAGCGCGGCGAGUAACGACAAGGGCGCCAGCAGCAGCAGCGGUGGUGGUGGCGCCGUCGUCGGCCGCGGCGGUGGCAACGCACGCCUGCAUCAGGGCACGAGCGGCAACGUCAUCACCGCCCCCAGCAAGGAGGCAAUGGAGGAGAAGAAGCGCAUCCAGCAGAUGAGGUUCGUGCGUGAGGAACUGGAGAAUGAGUGCCAGCGUCGUUGGCCGUACACGCCAGUCGCGAAGAGCUGCAUAUUCAGCGUAGAGGAGAGGAUCGAGGUGGAGUUGCCGGCUGACGCUCUGGAGCAGCUCGGCCUGGUCGGCGCACACAACACGAAGAAUAACAAGCACGGCGACCGCCGAGGGCCGCGCUACUACCUCGCCACCGUAGAGCUUCCUUUGCUCAACAAGAAGGGUGGUGCUGCCCGCUUCAAGGCCCCACGGUGGUGGAACAACAGGCGCGACGCCGAGAGUGCUGCGGCGGAGGCGACGCUGAUGGCGCUUCGUAGCAUGAAGGCCUAA